AUGUCGUCUCAAAUGUCGGUCGCGGCUAGUGCUCGUGCUGAAUGGCGCGCUAUUGCCAUUUGCUUGUUCAUUACCAUUGCUGCGUUCCAGUUUGGCUUUGAUUCUUCUUAUUAUUCUGGUAUUCUGGCUAUGGAGCCGUUCAUUAAGGAAUAUGGCCACUAUGAUAGUACGUCGGGUGCUUAUGUGCUGAGCGCGAGUAUGCAGUCUCUCACCACCAGCAUCAUUAACGUCGGCGAGCUUGUCGGUGCCGUCUCAUCGUUCAUCGUGGACGAUCGCAUUGGCCGUCGAGGAGGUCUAUUCGUGUCCAGUGCUUUUGUGGUCGCCGGCGUGAUCUUCCAAGUCGCUGCAGACGACUUGGGUCUGCUGAUUGUUGGGCGUCUAUUACUAGGUUACGCCGUGGGCUUGAUCUCAUGUUUAGUCCCCUUAUACGUCGCAGACUGCUCCCCCGCCCGAUUCCGUGGAGCUCUAGUAUCGAUAUACCAAUUCGACGUGGGACUUGGUCUCCUGUUUGGAGUCGUUGUUGACAACGCGACUAAAGAUCGGAAUGACAGCGGCGCCUACCGCAUCCCAAUGGCGGUGCAGCUGAUCUUCCCCAUCAUUCUGGUCCCUGGAUUGAUCUUGUUUGCCCCCGAAUCCCCUCGGUGGCUACUGACCAAAGGGAAAGUCGAGCAAGCGAGAAAGUCUCUUCGACGGUUGCAUGGAGACCGGCCCGAUUUCAUUGAGAGUGAAAUUCUAUACAUCAGCGGUCUUAUUGAAGAAGAGAGGCGGACUGAGGGAUCCUGGAUGGACUUGUUGAAAUGGAAUACUGAUGGUCGAAAGGCCUAUCUUGGGAUGGCACUGCAAGCAUGGCAACAAGCCUCGGGUAUCAACUUUAUCACCAGCUAUGGUAUAGUCUUCUUCACCGCUAUUGGGAUAACAAACACCUUCCUCAUCCAAAUGGGACUCUACCUGGUUCCAAUGCCAGCAGUCUGGCUCAAUCAAUACUGCGUCGAGCGGUUUGGUCGUCGAGCGAUGCUACUCUUAUCAACUUCUGCAGUGGCCGUGGUAUUAUUGAUCGUCGGUGGUGCCGGAUCAGCAAGCGACAAGACCCUGGCCCUCGACCAGACGAUCGUGGCCAUGGUAUACAUUUUCAUGAUCGUCUUUAACCUCGCGCUAGGACCAGCUGUCUGGGUCGUGACGUCUGAGAUCUCUACCGGUCCCAACCGUAGCAAGCUUAUGGCGACUUCGACCGGCGCCAACUGGUUCUGCAGCUGGCUGGUCACAUUUACCUUCCCAUACCUGUUCGAUGCGGAUGCAGCUGGCCUCAGCGCAAAAGUCGGCUUUAUCUAUGGUGGCUUGAUGAUUGGAGCUGCUACUUGGAUAUUCUUCUUCUUGCCUGAGACAUCUGGGCGUACCCUGGAGGAGAUCCAGGUCAUGUUCCAGCAGGGUAUUCCGGCUCGGAAAUUUAAGACAUACCAGGGAGUCGACUUGACAAGACAACUUGCAUUGGAAGAGAAAGAAGGUGCCCAUGUUACUGAGGUUGACCAUGUCUAA